AUGUCGACCACCAUGAAGGCCAUCGUCAUCUCCGAGUUUGGUCCCGUCGAAAACCUCGUCAUUAAGCAAGUCCCGAAACCGUCCGCCACAGAACCAGGCACAGCCCUUAUCCGCAUCAAGGCCUUUGGCAUCAACCACGCCGAGAUGCAUAUGCGUCGCGGAGAAUGGGCUGAAUCAGUUCCAAUCAGCGGCAUCGAGUGCGUUGGAAUCAUCGAAGACUGUCCAGGCGGCGAGUUUGCCCCUGGAACACCUGUGGCAGCGCUCAUGGGAGGACUUGGUCGCACGAUUCCUGGUAGCUAUGCAGAGUAUACCGUUGCGAAUACUUCCAACGUUGUUGCUCUGGGAAACCCUGGUGAAAAGCUGCCCAUCUCUUGGGCUGAUGCUGCUGCCCUUCCCGAGAGCUAUGCGACGGCCUGGACUUGCCUCUUCCGAAACCUAAACCUUCAACGAGGACAGCGGAUCCUCAUCAGAGGUGCUACAUCUUCUUUUGGCAGGGCAGCUGUUAACCUGGCUGUCGAAGCGGGUGCCAUCGUCACAGCUACAACCCGCAGUGAAUCCAAGUUUGCGACACUCAAGGAUCUCGGAGUGUCUGAAUGUGUUGUCGAAGCACCAAACCUGAGCGAACGUCUUAGCAAGGACGGAGACUUCGACAAGUUCGAUAGCGUGUUGGAACUGGUCGGCAACAGCACCGUCGUUGACUCACUGCGUCUUGUGCGCCGUGACGGUCGUCUCUGUCUAGCCGGAUGGCUCGGAGGUCUUGACCCGAUCAAGGGACCAGCAGGACCUGAGGAAUCACGAGGCUUUAACCCACUCUUGCAAAUGGCCAGCGGUGUUCACUUUAGCUUCUUUGGUAGUUUCGUGUUCGGAAAUAAGGACUUUCCCGUCUCUGACGUGCCCCUGAAGAGCGUCCUGGAAAAGGUGGCGGAGGGCAAGAUUGACGCCAAGCCUUGGAAGGUGUUUGCUUUUGAAGACAUCCGGGCUGCUCACCAGGCUAUGGAGAGCGGACAGACAGGUGGGAAGAUGGUGGUUGUAGUUGACUAG